AAAGUUGACAAAUAAAUGUAGCUGAGUAAAAAUAACAGCACUGUGGUCAAGCACUUAAAUACAGUUCCGCACAUCUGUGUACAUUCAUAUUUGACAGUGGUCUUUAUCAGUGAGUGCCAGCCGGCAGAAACACACACACACACACACACACACACACACACACGCACACUGCUCUCAGAGCGUCAGUCAGAAACACAGUCUCUCUCUCUCCUGAAGACGCGCAGCACUGAAGCAUGACGGGGCUCCUGCUCCUGUGUCUGCUCCUCCUGUGUCAAGGUCAGGGGUCAUCAGCCUGCCCUCACCUCUGCUCCUGUCACGGUGGUCUGGUGAACUGCAGCAGCAGGUCUCUCACCUCCUCCUCGCUGCCCACCAGUUUCCCUGCUGGGACCACCUCCCUCCGUCUCCACACCAACCUGCUGACCACGCUCCCUAACGGCCUCCUGGACAACUUGAGCUCCCUCCGCUCUGUCUCCCUUCAUGGUAACCCCUGGGUGUGUGACUGUGGCGUCCUCUACCUGCGAGCCUGGCUGCUGCGUCAGCCCGCCAGCACAUCCCACCUGGGCGUCAACUGCAGCUCCCCUCCCAGUUUGAGAGGGCGACUGGUGGUGUAUUUAACUGAGAAGGAGGUGCUGGAGUCCUGCCACUACUGGUACUGUGACCUGGCUUGGGCCUCCCAGGUGUGUCUGUUUGUGUUUGUGGUGGUGCAGGCGAUUCUGCUCGUGGCCCUCAUCGUGUUCCUGAGGAGAUUCGAGAGGUUGUCCAAAGAGGCGAGGAGAACCAAAGAGGAGAGCUUCACAGCCGGGGAGGAUCCGAGGGAGAACGAGUACUCACUUAUGAAGGACAGCAGCAUCUGAGCAUGUUGACAUGCACAACUUCCCUUCUUUUUUUCAGUCUUAUCGUUUUUCCUCCGAGUGUUAUCAUGUGGGGAAAACGCUUCCUGUUCUUCAUGUGAAAUAUUCGUCUUAUCAUAUACAUAAUGAUAUCAAGAAUAAUAUUUGGUGAAUAAAAUGUUAAAUAUGUAGUGAGUGGUACAUUUAACACUUCUUCUUCUCUAGUGAACAAACUAUGUAAGACAUUUGAGAACUUAAUUUUUGUCAUUAACCAGUCAAAAAUAUUCUUUAACAGCUGAUAAUCGUAUUACUGGGAUUGUAGUCACGUCAAUUUGAAUGCAAUUAUACAGUCAUGCCUCUCCUCUCUGUGACAUGCAUUUAACAUGUUUAAAGCAACAUAGUAAAUUUAGACAUGUACAGUAAAGUCUAUACAUUUGAACUCAUUUCACUCACUUCCAUUAAUAUAUUUGAAUUCAGAUGUGAAAUAUGUAAUACCACAUGUUAAGGCCACACAAUGAUCACACAAAGAAACAACACUGAAACUUUCUACCUGAACCAAAACCCACGUGUUUGAAUGAUCAGAUUUCGGUUUUCUUUCUUCAUAGGAUGUCUCGGGUUAAAUUACUCUUUUUCUGUGCUCCUACUCAAGACUUUCAGUUGCUUUAUUAAUGGAUGUAAGAGGAAUUCAAAUAAUAAUUUAAGCUUGAAUAAGAAAUGGUUAUGUCAAUUUUAUGUUUUUCUGACGGCCCUGUAUUUUAUUUCAGAUCUAGUCAUUUGCAAUUUUCUAUUAAUCUUUUGUGUAAUUUCUUCAUCAUAAAAAUAUCAACUUAUAUUGACUGUACCAUGUUUUAACGUUUCCCACUUAUAAUAUUACAUAUUUGAAUUCGAAACUGUUUUCUAAUCGAUUUCAUUGCAUUAUGGACUAAAUCAAUAAAGAUAUUUAACAGAAAA